AUGGCUCGCAAGGCCGAGGAUUUCCAAAGGUAUGCGGGCCGUAACGAAUCAAAGAACUUCUUUGCAGCAACCAUGACUGUCUACGGUCCCACAGCCAAAGGAACCGCCCCGCUUCUCAGCACCGACGGAACAACCCUUCUAACCGAGAAGUCGCAGAUCCUGAAGCGUUGGGUCGAGCACUUCCGAAAUGUCCUCAACCGCUCAUCCAGGAUCUCAGACAUCGUCAUAGACUGGCUCCCCCAAGAGGAAAUUGACAUCGACCUGUAUAUCCCGUCCUCCCUUCCAGAAACCAUCUGCGCCGUCUGA